UCCGCGGAGCAUCACGGGAGGAGCGGCGAGGCGCUAACCGGGGCCAGCCCUGGAGAGAGAAACAAACCCCACAUGCAUCCGUGGAGCGGCCCUGGGUCAGACGCCUUCGGCUUCCACAGCCGGGCCUUGGCGGCGCAGGGGUGCGGUCCUCUGUUUCGGAAGCCGCUCCGUGACGCAACCUCGGAGCGAGCCAAUCCUAGGCGUCGGAGGGCGGGCUCUCGGGAUUUGAAAUUCGGCGCUGUUGGGGACGUGGAUGCGGAAGGUGAGGGUAGCUCGGCGCUGCCUCCGCGGACUCGCGUGUUGCCCUUGCCGGGGCCUCCGUGGGUCUGCGGCGCUGCGAGCCCUGGGGCGCUAGGCCCCUGGGCUUGGAGCCGAGCGGUAGCCACGGCCUCGUGCUGCUGCCCUUACCAAGGUUUCAUAGCUAAGGCUGGCCUUGAACUUCCUGUUUUUUUCAGCUUCCUGAGUACUAGAAUUACAGGUCUUUCUGGACUCCUUCUGAAGUUCUGUCUGGAAAUUUGUGUUGAUUGCAUUUUUUAUAAAAAGAAUUUUGUUGCCACUGUCCUAUCAAGAUGAUUGUAACACCUUUGAGACAUUCAAAUGUAACACAAAAUGUCUUAAAAGAAACAUUCAAUUGUGACACAUUUGAAACAAAUGAAACAAUUCAUUUGUCUUCUGGGACAUUGCAAAGAAGAAAUAUGCCUCUAGAUGCAGUCUUUAUUGACAGCAUCCCUUCAGACACACUUACUCCUUUGAAAGAUUUGGUGAAAUAUCAGAAGUCCUCUCUAAAAUUUAAUGGUCAUAAAAAGAAUCACUUAUUAGCAAUAACAACUUCUAACACUAACAAUAUAUUUCAAUCCACCAUGUUAUCAGAGGCUACCCUUCUAAACAGCUCUCUUGAUGUCAGUGAUAUAAAGCCCAACAUGCAUAGAUUAAGAAAUGAAGUGAUGUAUGAAUCUCCAGGAAAAAUCUUCCAAAGAAUGAAAGAAAAAGCACAGCGUGACAAACAAGAACACCCAUCAAGGAGCAUGUUGGGAUCACCAGAAUGUGAACAUAAUAAAGUCUUUCCUCCUAGCAGAGACAAGAAAACUCAGUCACAACAUACCUAUAUCUGUGAGGAAAAAGAAGAAUCAUUCCAAUCCAGUAACCCAUCAUUGGGAGAUCCUCCAAUUCUGAAACAAGAACAAAAAAAUGUUUCAGCUUCAUCCAUUUCAAGCAAGGCAUCAACGAGAGCCCAGUUUGGCAGACAAGUUCUUCAUUCAAAAGAGAGUCCUCUUAAAACCACUGUGUCCAAAAAGAACUCAUUUGUUUUGGAAGGCAUUAAUUCUAUUUAUGAAAAGUUUAAAACUACUGAUAUUAACACCACUAGUACUAUUUGUGUUCCUAUUAAUAAUCAGAGCCACUCUAUUACUUCUGAUAACGAUGUGACAACAGAAAGGACUGCAAAAGAGGAUAUUACAGAACAAAAUGAAGAAACAAUGUCUAGAAGGACUUUUCUUCAAGAUCCCGUGAAUAAUACAUCUAAAAUUAAUCAUUCAAAUUCAAGACUUAAUUUAAUACUUUCUGGCCAGUCUCAAAGAAAACUUACAAGGCUUGAAACUAUUGUAAGUGAAGUAAAAAAAUAUCAGGAAGUCCAGCUACAGGAAUGGAUGAUUAAAGUCAUCAAUAAUAAUACUGCUAUAUGUGUAGAAGGAAAGCUGGUAGAUAUGACUGAUGUUUAUUGGCAUAGUAAUGUAAUUAUAGAGCGGAUUAAACACAAUGAACUUAGGACCAUAUCAGGCAACAUUUAUAUUUUAAAAGGAUUGAUAGACCAGGUUUCCAUGAAAGAAGCAGGAUAUCCCUGUUAUCUCAUAAGAAAAUUUAUGUUUGGAUUCCCCCAAAAUUGGAAGGAACACAUUGAUAAUUUUCUAGAACAAUUAAGGGCUGAAGAAAGGAACAAGACCGGACAGAAAACUACAAGAUUCCAAAAUAAAAAACAAAAAUCAAUAAAAAAAGAUGCAGAAGAUAAACAAACAGAUGUCCUCCAAAAGACCAGCAUCACUUAUGACCUUAAUGAUGUUAGCUUAGAAAUGAAGAACAAUGAGAACAGUGUGUUGCCAGGAGCUGCAGAAAUAAACAUCAGAUAUAACAAUUGUCGAAAUGAGUCACAGGUAUUAACUAGAAAGAAAAAUUACAGAAAAUUUCCUUCAGAAAGCUUUGAAAAUUGCAAAGAGAUCAAUGAAAAGAAAAUUCAAAGUCUAAAGCAAGAGAAAACUGAAGUAUCAAAUCAGAUCACUGAUCUAUUGAACUCACUGGAACAGCCUACCUCCAACAAAAAAAGAAGACACCUGCCUCUUGAUCACAAGAUAGCUUAUGUUCUAAUGACACCUCUUAGAAACAAAAAGUUGGUAGAGCGGAGAUGUAUGGAGCACAGACUCUAUAUUAAAGGAAUAGCAGAUUUUUUCGAAGCAAAGUAUCAAGAAGAAAGUGAGUCAGAUAUACAUGGAACUCCAAGUCCUACCAGUAAGUCCUUAGAGACUUUUGAACACAGAGUGGAUUAUGAAGGCUGUACCAAGGAGGACUGCAGUGAAUGUGACAUAAUCACUGUUAAACAUAUUCAGAUACCUUGCCCGAAAAGGAAACAAAUGCUCACUAGGGAUUUGCCCUCGAAACUACAGAAAACUGAAAAUCAAGUAGAUGUUUCACAGUAUAGCCAGUCCUCAUCACAUUUGUCAAGUGAAGAGAAUGAAGUAGAAAUUAAAAGUAAAACCAGAACAAGAAAUACAAAAGAAAGGCUGAAUCAGGAGAGAAAAACCAGAAACAACAUCACAAGAGAUAUCCUCCUCAUUUCAGAAUCUAAAGGUGAGAUUGAUUCUUAUAUCACACCAAAGAGACCUAGAUCUUCUGCUAAAGAAUCACAUUACAAAUCUGAUGUUAGCAAGGACUUCCUAAUUGAAGUUAAGGCAGCUGAUACAACUAUCAGGCAACCGUUAGACCAUCUACCUGGUUUAACUGAUGAUGGAGAGUGGAGUGAGCAAGAAUUACAGAAGCUUCAUCGUGCUUUCACAUCUCUUCCAAAGCACAAACCUGGCUUUUGGUCAGAUGUGGCUAUGGCAGUAGGUUCUCGAACUGCUAAUGAAUGCCAGAAGAAGUACACAGAAGAACCCCAAGGCAGAGGAUCCCGAAAACAUGUCUCUAAGAAAAAGCAGGCCAACUUCAAGGUCCAAAAUGGUGAGGAAGAUAGUGCUGAUGCGAAGACUAUUAAAAUAACUGCCAGAGAGGGAACACUUAAAAGGAAACGACAAAUGAGGGAUUGCCUAGAACACUUGCCAAAAGACAACCAUGAUGACUUUUUUACUGCAACACCCUUGCAGAAACAGAGAAUACGGUUGCCAAGUUUUCAAUACAGUCAAGAUGAUGAUUUUCUGCUAGAUAUGGACAGGAAUCCAACAUCUCCAUCAUCAGUUAUAUCACCAUUGAGAAGCACUACUCCACAAUGUCGGCAUGUCAGUCCUGGUAUGCUAGCCUCUAUAGAAAGGAAUGAUUGUGAUAAAUAUGUUUACCAUAUGCAAAAAAAUGCUAAAAAAUAUGGCAAGAAUAAAGGUGGCCUUGUCUGGGGCAACAUUAGGAAAAAAACAGUUAGAACUGAUCUCUCAUCUCCAACACCAACACGGAAAGCCCUAUUUAACAAAGAUUUAGGUGAAAACACUGAUAUUGCAAAGUAUUUCAUUGAUGAUACAGAAUCAGAUGAAGAAGAGAAAGAUUAUUACUUUUCCAAUUCUGACUGAUAGUAAGAAGAUUUGCGGGAAUUUUACCAUUAAGCACAAUAUACUCAUAUUCUUAUUCGAUGACUAUUUUCUUUGUAAUAAGAGAAUGCAGAUUUUUUUUCAAAGAUGUCUUAUGUUUGUAUGCAAGGUAAACACCCUGUAGAGCAUUCCCCAGAAUUACAGCUUAUAAUUAUUUUGCCUGUGUAUACAUCUGUAAAUUUUAUGUAUAUGUUUGUAAUAGUAAAGUAUAUAAAGUUCAGUCUCUCCAACAUCCAAGUCUGUUUACUUUAGUAAUCAUGUAUCAAGUAGAUUUUUAAAUAAAAUUUUAAAAGCCCUUAAAUGAGGAGAGGUAAGGGCCCAGAGUUAAGACUGUGGACUGGCAGAUACUAGAAUGAGAAUUUUUAGCAUCAUGCAGUCUGGUACUACAAGCCAGCGUUCCUUCUCUGUUGAAAUUAUGUCAUUCAAACUGUUUUACUUGUUUUUAUGUUCUACAUACUUUUUCUUCUGAUAGUUUUUCUUAAACUAUAGUUAACUAUGAUAGUUAUCUGAUAGUUGGUCUGUUUGUGAAACCUCUAUCUCUAAUUUAUUGUUCUUUAUUUUAUAAAUAAAAGGAACCCCAGGACAGGUUCUGUUGUAUUCUGCAGCUUUGCUGUGUGUAGCUGGUAGAUCCACUGUUACAAGGAAUUACGAUGCCAUAAUAAGCAGGGUUUCCCUUCUUCACAGCUUUAAAAGGUAACUUUCAUUCUGCCAUUGUUUGCUAUAAGUUAUCUGUCCCCUGGCUAUAGUAGGUAUUCAUCCACCCUUUGCAUCUAGUUAGACUGACUGCUCAAAUAAAAAUGUAAAUUUGUGAAGUAA